CUGGCUCUGCUGGCAGCGUUAACACUGUCCUGCAAAGUUGGCUUUCUCAGACGGAAUCAUCUGGAAAAGCGUCCAGUCCGGUUUGCACUGGGAGUCGUGAGAGCGUCUCAACUUUAACUCUGUAAAAAUGAGACUUUCGUCCUGGCUGCUGUUUCCAGGGGUUUUUAUUUGUGCACUUUCCCAUGUUACAAACUGUGAGGAGCAGCGAAUCCCCGAAGAGAAACUUCUUGUUGUGACAGUUGCAACCAAAGAGACAGAUGGCUUCAGGCGUUUCUUGAGGUCGGCUAAACACUUUAACUACACUGUCAAGGUCCUUGGUCGGGGUGAGAAAUGGAGGGGAGGCGACUACAUGUCAGCUCCAGGAGGAGGCCAGAAAGUGCGACUGCUCAAAGGGGCUCUGGAGGAGAUGAAGGAUGAGGACAAAAUCAUCCUUUUUAUUGACAGCUAUGAUGUGGUUUUCGCCUCGGGUCCCAAAGAGCUGCUCAAGAAGUUCCAGCAGGCCAGACACAAGGUGGUGUUCUCCUCUGAGAGCCUGAUUUGGCCCGAUAGACACCUGGAGGACAAACACCCCCACGUCAGGGAGGGCAACAGGUUCCUGGGCUCAGGGGGCUUCAUUGGCUUCCUGCCCAACAUCAAAGAAAUGGUUUCUAGCUGGACGGGUAAAGACAGUGAGAGUGACCAACUGUUCUUCACCAAGAUUUACAUUGAUCCAGCUAAAAGAAAAUCCAUAAAUAUCACACUGGACAGCAAAUGCAGAUUGUUCCAGAACCUCCAUGGAGCCCUCGAUGAAGUGGUCCUGAAAUUUGAGGACAGUCGGGUACGAGCCAGGAACGUGCUGUAUGAUACUCUACCUGUCACCAUCCACGGGAAUGGACCGACCAAGCUCCAGAUCAACUACCUGGGAAACUACAUCCCCAACACAUGGACAUUUGAGACUGGAUGCACAGUGUGUCAUGAGGACCUCCGCUCUCUCACUGCUCUGAAGGAGAGUGAAUACCCACUGGUGGUGAUUGGCAUCUUCAUUCAGCAGCCCACCCCCUUUGUCACAGUGUUUUUUGAACGCCUGCUGAAGCUCCAGUACCCCAAAAACAGGCUCAGACUCUUCAUUUACAACCAGGAAGCUCAUCACGAGCGUCAGGUCAGCUCUUUCCUGCAGGAUCAUGGAAGCCUUUAUCAGGACGUUAAGUUGGUCGGGCAGGAAGACAUGGAUGCACCUGCCUCCCGCAACCUGGGAUUUGAUCUGUGUCGGAAAGACAAGGACUGUGACUACUUCUUCAGCUUGGACAUUGAGGUGGUCUUAAAGAAUGAGAACACACUGAAAAUUCUCAUUGAACAAAACCUUCCUGUUGUAGCCCCGAUGAUAACUCGAGCUGGCCGACUGUGGAGCAACUUCUGGGGAGCCCUCAGUGCAGAAGGCUACUAUGCCAGGUCUGAGGACUACGUGGACAUAGUUCAAGGACGCAGAGUGGGUGUGUGGAAUGUGCCGUACGUGUCCAAUGUGUACCUGAUGAAGGCCAGCCUCCUUCGAUCAGAGCUCAUAGACUACGAUCUGUUUAACUCGCACACCUUAGACCCUGACAUGGCUUACUGCCACAACGUGCGCGACAAGGGAAUCUUCAUGUAUGUAACCAACGUGCACAGCUUCGGUCGGAUCCUCUCCACAGAAAACUACCAGACCAGCCACCUUCAUAAUGAUCUGUGGCAGAUCUUUGAAAACCCAAUGGACUGGCAGGAGCGCUACAUUCAUGAGAACUACACUCGCAUCAUGAAAGACAAGCUGGUUGAAACUCCUUGUCCUGAUGUGUACUGGUUCCCAAUUUUCUCGAAUGUUGCCUGUAACCACCUUGUUGAAGAAAUGGAGCACUUUGGGAAGUGGUCCGGAGGAGGCAAUGUGGACACCAGAAUCCAAGGUGGCUAUGAGAACGUCCCCACCAUCGACAUCCACAUGAAUCAGAUCAACUUUGAAAAGGAGUGGCAUAAAUUCCUGCUGGAGUUCAUAGCACCGAUAACAGAGAAAAUGUAUCCGGGUUACUACACUAAGUGUUCCACUCCCUUGAACUUUGUGGUGAGGUACAAACCUGACGAGCAGCCCCUGCUCGCCCCUCACCACGACGCCUCCACAUUCACUAUUAACAUAGCUCUCAACAGCAAAGGCGUUGACUACCAGGGCGGUGGAUGCAGGUUCCUGCGCUACGACUGCUCCGUUCAGGCUCCUCGGAAAGGCUGGGCCCUCAUGCACCCAGGCCGCCUCACCCACUACCACGAAGGCCUGCCGACCACCGCGGGCACCCGGUACAUCGCGGUGUCCUUCGUGGAUCCCUGAACUCCCAAAGAUGGCACAGCUCGCCACCCCCCCCACCCAACAAGUCCAGACCAAAGAGGACACCACACUGUCCACAUCCUUCAGCCUCCCAGCUGCUCCUUAGUCUCUGUUUUCUUUAUUCAUUCAUUCAUGUCCCCGUUUUAACAAUGAUAUCGUUUGUGUGUCACUUGAAGAAUUAGACGCAGUUUGUGAUCGACCUUCAUCAGCAGUAGAAUUUCAGAGCUCUGUGAUGAGACGUAAAAAACACUGAUGCACAGUGGAACCAGGACAUAUCAAGAACAUGUUAGAGGUCUCACAAGAUCUUUUUACAUAGAGACAGCCUGCAGGUGAUUUCAGACCUGAUGGACAUCAGACAUGAUGGGUGACAUCUGAGUAUGAGUUGGAUUUUCCUCAUGUCCUGUAAAUGUGUAGCAGCACAGGUACUUCACCUGGAUCAGUGUCGUUCAUGCAGCAGCACUGUCACAAAUCCCAGAGUUCAGAGAUUAAAGGGCUGUUACGUCCGGUUUCUGCUUGUCAUGAGUUAAAUUCCACACAGCCUGAGAAAAUAACCCUCGAUGAUGUUACCAAAUUUUUUUAACAAAAACCUGUUGUUACAAACCCAGGAGUGUGGAGUUCACCAGGCAAGUACCAAAACUGGCUAUGCAUCAUGGGAAGUGUAGUGUUCGGUGCAGCUGCUGGAUCAAUGUGCAGGCUCCUGUUUGGUCUGGAGUGUGUGGUGUGGAUCAGAAAUUGUGCCUUGAGCUGGACGUCUCUCAGGAAAUCACCCAGAGUUCAGCCUCAGACUUUUGUAAGAUGUGUUAGGAAAACUUUUCUGUUGUCGAAUUUUACUAAAGUAAGUUACACAAAGUGCCUUUUUUCUGUAUCCAAAGAUUUUUUUUUUUCAGAUUCUUUCUUGAACUGAGACACUCCAAAGCCUCUUAUUUAUUUUUUUGUAUAUUUGAUAAAAGCUACACUCGUUUUUAUUUUUUGGGCAUUUAGAGUAUCACUACCCCAUAUUAACACACUUUUCUGUCAUUUCAAGUCAUCGCUGUGCUUUGACCUCAACCUGAAUAAAACCGUGAACCCA